GCUGUGGUUGUUGUUGAUCGUUGAUCAUAGAAUGUUGCAAGUUGAAGGCUAACUGAACUGUGUGUCAAACUCACGAUCUUUACAAUUUUUAGGAACAGCGUCACUUUUACUUCAUUUUCUUACUUUUCAUUUUAAAGCUUUCAUCAUGAUGCAAUUCAUUCUUGGCUUUACUCUUGGAAACGUGGUUGGCAUGUACCUGGCACAGAAUUACGAGGUACCCAACAUUUCAAAGAAGAUCGAGGCCUUCAAAAAGGACGUGGAAGCCAAGAAGAAACCUCCAGAGUGACGAUGAGUCACAGGUGGAAAUAUGGCUGAUAUGAUUGAACUGAAACUAGAGGGGAUAUAAAAAAACAACAACAGGAAAUUCUCAAUGUUACUGUUUAAAUAUAAACAUCUAAAAUGCACACUGCACAGUAUAAUCCAAGUAUCAAAUAGUGCCUCAAAUCCCCAUAUUGUUUAAAAGUUGAUUUUUGUCUUCUGCAUUGUUUUCUGAAGUGAGUGCAAUUUAAGCCAAUAAAGAUAAGGUUUCUGUUA